GUAUAAAUAGAAUGGAACCCUUUCUGUGUUCUGAAACAAUUUCACAUACACUAACACACUUGCAGAAAGUGAAGUAGUUAGAAUGUGGAAUGUUAUGGGAUUGAGUUUAGUAGCUCUGCUACUGAUAUAUAUCACUCACUGGAUAGCCAAAUGGAGGAACCCAAAAUGCAAUGGGGUUCUGCCUCCUGGUUCCAUGGGCUUGCCUCUCAUUGGAGAGACCUUAAGUUUGAUCAUUCCAAGCUACUCCCUAGAUGUUCAUCCGUUCAUUAAGAAGAGACUUCAAAAAUAUGGGCCUAUAUUCCGGACUAGUUUGGCGGGUAGACCUGUCGUAAUAUCAGCUGAUCCUGAGUUCAAUAACUACAUAUUUCAGCAAGAAGGCAAGUCUGUUGAACUAUGGUACAUGGAUACAAUAUCAAAAGUCUUUGUAGGCGAUACCAAGGCAAAUGCAACUGGCGUCAUCCACAAGUACAUAAGGAGCACAUUCAUGAAACACUUCGGUGCUGAGAACCUCAAGGAAAAGUUGCUCCCUCAAAUGGAGGAUUGCGUCAACAAAACUCUUCAUUCGUGGUCUAGUAGGGCAUCUGUUGAAGUGAAGUAUGCUGCCUCAGUUAUGGUUUUGAAUUUUAGUGCAAAGCAGAUGAUCAGUUAUGAUGCUGAAAAAUCAACUGAGAACCUGAGUGAGAAAUUUGCUGAAGUCAUUCAAGGUCUUAUGUCCUUUCCUUUGAAUAUUCCUGGUACUGGAUACUACAAGUGUUUGAAGGGCCAAAAGAAGGUAACAACCAUGCUAAGGGAUAUGCUAAACGAGAGAUGCAAUUCACCCGAGACACACCGAGGAGAUUUCAUCGAUCAAUUAUGCAAUGACAUGGAGAAAGAGAAGUUCUUGACAGAGGAUUUUGGUGUCCUGUUGAUAUUUGGGGGCUUAUUUGCUACCUUUGAGUCCAUUUCAGCUGUGUUGACUUUAGCUUUUAGUCUGCUGGAACAACAUCCCUCAGUCUUACAAGAGUUGACUGCUGAGCAUGAUGCAAUUCUCAAAAAUAGAGAGAAUCCGAAUUCUCCACUCACAUGGGACGAAUAUAAAUCCAUGACUUUCACUCUUCAGGUUAUCAACGAAACUCUCAGGCUGGGAAAUGUUGCACCUGGCUUGUUACGCAGGGCUUUGAAAGAUGUCACAAUAAAAGGGUAUACAAUUCCGGAAGAUUGGGCCAUUAUGGUUGUCCCCUCUGCUCUUUACUUGAGUCCCAAGUCAUUCAAGGAUCCCCUCGAGUUCAAUCCAUGGCGUUGGAAGGACCUUGAUUCACUUGCUACAUCAAAGAUCUUCAUGCCUUUUGGUGGAGGAUUGAGGCAAUGUGCUGGAGCAGAGUAUAGUAGAGUGUUCUUGGCCACAUUUCUGCAUGUAUUUGUCACCAAGUUUAGCUCGACAACAAUCAAAGAAGCACGUGUUGCUCGGAAUCCUAUUUUAGCAUUUGGCGAUGGUAUGCACAUCAAGUUUUCAGGGAAGACAGUUUAAGAUUAAGUAUUUAUGUUAAGUGAUCGUUGUAUGAUUGAACCCAAUAAUAGAAAAUAAAAGGCUGUAAUCAUGUUGUUGAAAAUUACACAAACAUGAAACAUAUAAGCAUAAUAUCUAGCCAAAGAGAGAAGCAAAACACACAUUUCUGGAUCAUGAAUGAUAUUCCACAUUUAUAUA